AUGGAAGAAAUUCAUGUUGCAGCUAUUGAUCAUACUUUUCUUACUUGGUAUUUAUCCACAAUUGGCCAUAGAAACAUUUGUGAUAAGGAUAUCAAUCAUAUUUUUCGCCUAAGUCGUGCUAUUGAUACUUUUAUUUCACACACCAUUAAAGAACCUUCAAAAAAAAUUAAACAAAUGUCCAAAAGAAAAGAAAGAAAAAUUAAUAGUAAGACAGUUAGAAAUAUGAUGAGUUGGGCACAUGAUAGAUUUAGGAAUCGAUUGAUAUCUAAAGCAGAAGAACUUAAUAAAAUUAUAAUAACUUCUGUAUCUGAAGCUUAUUCAAAUAAACUUGUACUAAUUUAG